AUGGAUGCCCAGGAGAUCAUCCGCGGCGUUCAGCCUCUUGUAGGCGAAGUAACGCCUAUCAAAACUGUACAAGAAACCCAGCCUGUAGAGGGAUAUGGCGACGCCUAUGUUGCGGGAGUGAAUGUGAAAAGCGCCGCGAAGGUCGUAAAGGUCCUCGAUGCUGCCUUUCCCCGCGACCCCGCCCGCCCCAUGAACCAUCUCCGCCGAUUCGCGAAGCAAGGCAACCUCCCGGAACCUCUACACUCGAUUCUCUUAAACGACAGCCCUUCGCCGCAGACUAUAUUUCUCCUAAUCUCGCCACCUCUACCGGAUGUUAACCGUCUCCAAGAACUCCUCGCCCCCUACGUCCCGACACCAGAAACCUCCGAAUCACAGUCUUCAGAUCCUGCAGGCCAGGUCAAGCUGCACACCAUUAAAGUCCCCACACUCCCACCACUAGGCCAAGCGCAGGCUGAGAAAUGGUCCAAGGAAUUAUGGCCGGUCGUUUACAACCCAGCUGCGGCACGGGCGACAGUCUCACCCCCAGUUCAGGUCCUGAACCGCACGCGCGAGUUCAUUCAGCCAGACGCAGGCCGGUAUCUAGCAUUCGCGCGCAAGGUCGCCGAGGAAGCAGAACAAUCCGGUCGAGGCCGGGGUGUCGGCGCCGUAGUCGUUGAUCCGGAUAUCGUCUCAAGAAUCCUAGACGCAGGAGACGACAUGGACACCAAAUGGGCGGAUGCAAUAGUCGCUGUAGCAGGUGACGCACGGUAUUCUCGUGGCGAAGCCGGAUGUCCCUCAACAGCUGAAUUGCAUACUGGUGAAGGCCCAAACCCAGCCACAAAGACAUACGACGCAGACCUCGAGGGGGGGCCGGAUCUGCAUGCACUCAUGCGCUCAGCUGAGAUAAUCGCGUACAAAAGACGGGCUGGGGACCCAGAUGCGGAAAACGGUAAACCAUCUUUAUCCCCGUUAGAGUCAUACUUCCUUUCGCAAACGGACCUUACAGCUCCAGAGCCCGAGCCUGAAACGCGAGAUACAACCCCAGGCGUCCCAGAGAAGUAUCAGAAGACUGGCUACGAUGAGUCGCAGGCCGUUCCCAUCUCAACAUCUGCAAGGGGGGAGAAACCGGAGUCAAGAAUCCGUCCGCGCUCGCAGGGUGGAUACCUCUGCACCGACCUAGACGUGUACUUGACACACGAGCCUUGCCUGUGCUGCUGCAUGGGUCUUCUCCUAUCACGGUUCCGCUCUGUUACCUUUCCGCAACGUGAGAGGAUGGUUACGGGAGGUCUUGCUUCUGAGCCUGUCAUCACGCCUGUACCUGUUACUGAUGAGGCGACCGAACACGAGGGAGGCAGCAGACCAGCGCAUGGCCAGGAAGAAAAGCUGCAAGAUCGAUUAUAUUACGGUCUCCACUGGAGGAAGGAGCUGAACUGGCGGGCAUUGGGGUUUGAGUUUGUUGAGGACGCUGAAUCUGGAGAUGUGACUCCGGCUACUAAAGAGGUGGUUGCAUUUUAUGCAUGA